ACACGCAGCCUCUCGCGCUUUUCGUUUCCGCUUUCUUCGCUCUCCCUCUCUCUCAAAUGCUGACUGAACUCGAAGCGCGAAGCUCCUCUCAUGGACUCGGUGACAAUAGAGCCAAUUCUUACUUCUUUCAACUUCAACCUCUCGAACCCAAAAACCAAGCCUCUCUACUCCACCAGAUUCUCUCACUUUAGGCUCACCCGCUGCAGAAAAUUCAGUACUUCCUCUUUUUGUCACAGGAGUGCUUCAAAUCCCAAGAACCAGAACUCGAAGUUCAGUAAUCAAGAUUUUUCUCCAAAUCCCGUCUGGGUUUUGGUCCCAAUCUUUCAAAGCAUCAAAAUAUUAGCCUCCUCGCAAACACAGAAAUGGGCUUUGGGUGUUAAAGCCUACAAUGAUUCGGAGAAGAUGAAGGAUGGAUUUGAUGGCGUUUAUUUGCAAAAUGGAGGGAUUGGAGUAGCUUUAUUGAGUGUAACGUCGAAUGCGAAGGUUCGGAUUAGUCCGUUCGUAGCCACAUUAGCUGCGAACCCGACGUUUGUCUCGGGUUUUUUCGCGUGUCUCAUCGCGCAGUCGAUGAAGAUGUUCUUGAAUUUCUUUAUCGAGAGGAAAUGGGAUUUGAGAUUACUGUUAGCUUCUGGAGGAAUGCCCUCGUCGCACUCAGCUUUGUGCACGGCUAUGACGACUUCGGUGGCGCUCUGUCAUGGGGUGGCGGACUCGCUGUUUCCGGUUUGUUUGGGGUUUAGUCUAAUUGUUAUGUACGACGCAAUCGGAGUUAGGCGGCAUGCUGGGAUGCAAGCCGAGGUAAGAUGUUCUUAAUAUGAUCGUUCAGGACAUGUUUCAAGGACAUCCUAUCAGCAAAAGAAAGCUCAAGGAACUUCUUGGCCACAAUCCAUCACAGGUUCUUGCUGGAGCUCUGCUUGGCAUUGUGGUGGCUUGUAUCUGUUGUCAGGUUUCCUUGGUUCCCUAAACUCCGCACUCUGCAUGCAAUUUUGGUCAGGUUGUGUUGUUAACACCAUGCCAUCUUUCAAUUUCUGUGGCUAAUUUUUUGAGAUACUCAAUUCUCAAUAAUAUUUAAGGGAAUAUCAAAAAAACUCUCAAAUGUGAAGAUAGACUAUUUUUUUUUUUUUCCCCGUAAAUUCAUUUCUUGGUUUCCCGUUUCUUAACUCAAAUCUCUGACUCUUCCUGGCUCAGGGUACUACAUGAAUAGAGGCAGGUUUAAAGAACAUAAACAUGCACACAUUCUAACAUGAAGACCCUUUGUAGUCACUAUAUAUGGCAUUGAACUUGCUCUUCUCUAAUUCGAUUUGUGGGUCAAUAUUGAGACCUUUGGCCACUUUUGCCGUUGCUGCUGCUAUUGAUGUAGCCACCGCCUGAGUGCUUUUCACAGUGGUGAAAAUUAUUUGUAUACGGGAUCUGUGUUAAUUAUGGCAGUUCCCAUCCAAAGUUCCUAUGCCAUACUCUUAAUGCCCAAUACAAUUCCGUUUCUUUUUC